CGGUGCAGAGUCUGGGUCGUGUCAGAGCGCCGUGAACAUGUCGGUGGCCGUUUCGUCGUCGCGCCCGGAGCGCGAGGUGUUUACGACGCCGUCGGCAGACGGCCGGUCGCCAGUACGCGCCCAGCCGACGUGGGGUGCGGAGCGCGCCGAGAGCGCAGCGCAGCGAGCCACGCACGUGCACAGCGCCAGUGGUGACCGAGCGGCCGAGCUGGAGUCGGCCGACGCCGCGCUGGAGCUCGAACUGGACCGGCCGCUCAGCCAGAGGGCUGUCGGCGCGCCGGAGUCGCCCACCGACCACCUGAGCACCAUGAUCUCCGACAUGGAGCUGCCGAUGGCGCACGUGCCGCCCAGCUACAGCCCGCUGCCGGUGCACGGCGCGCCGCCGCACCAGCAGGGCGGCCACCAGGGCCACGCCGUGCACCAGGUGCCCGGCUACGGCUCCAUGUCCACCUCCGCCAGCGGCCUGCCGGGUCUGACCAGCGUCAACCCGCCCGUCUACACGCCCGUGCAGGUCUCCAACGCCAGCCUGCUCGGCUCGCCGCUGCUGGACGAGCAGUGUCUGUUCUCGGCGGCGGGCGGCGGCGGCGGAGGCGGCGGCGGCGGCCUGGCAGGGCUGGGCGGCGAGCAUGGCCAGUACAGCCUGCAUCCGGAGCUGCCCGACACCAAGGAGGGUAUCGAGGAACUGUGUCCCGUCUGCGGCGAUAAAGUCUCCGGGUAUCACUACGGACUGCUAACGUGCGAGUCCUGUAAGGGAUUCUUCAAGCGGACUGUGCAGAACAAAAAGGCGUACACGUGUGUGGCCGAUAAGAGUUGUCAGAUUGAUAAGAUGCAGCGCAAACGGUGCCCCUACUGCCGGUAUCAGAAGUGCAUUUCCGUUGGGAUGAAACUAGAAGCGGUACGCCAGGACAGGAUGCGAGGCGGUCGCAACAAGUUCGGUCCCAUGUACAAGCGGGACCGGGCGCGCAAGAUGCAGCAGAUCCGGCAGAUGCAGCUGAUGUCGCCGCAGCGGGUGAGCCUGCCGACAGUGGGCACCGAGGCGGUCACCAUCAGCUACGCCACGCCGACCACCUCGCUGCCGGUGUCGUACGGCGGCGGCGCCGGCGCCGGCAUCUCCAUCAAGCAGGAGAUCCAGUACCCGGUGCUCAGCUCCACCUCCGCCUCGUCCCCCGACUCGUCGUGCUCGCCGCUGCUCGGCGGCGCGGGAGGAGAGGCGUGGGCGGCCGGCCGAGCUGGGGAUGUACCGCCCAUCGUGCGAGAGCUGGUCGCCUCGCUGGACGACCGCGACUGGCAACAACAGCUGUUCAGCCUGCUGCAGACCCAGACGUACAACCAGUGCGAGGUGGACCUGUUCGAGCUGCUCUGCAAGGUGCUGGACACCAACCUGUUCAGACAGGUGGACUGGGCGCGCAACUCCAUCUUCUUCAAGGACCUCCGGGUUGAGGAUCAGAUGAAGCUGCUGCAGUCCACGUGGUCAGUGAUGCUCAUCCUGGACCACAUCCACCAGCGGCUGCACAACAAUCUACCCGACAGCACGGUCCUGCCCAACGGCCAGAAGUUCGACCUGCUCACCCUCAGUCUGUUCGGCAUGGCCGAGCUGCUGCCGCAGCUACACGACAUCACCAGCCGGCUGCAGCAGAUCGGGUUUGACGUCUCCGACUACAUCUGCCUCAAGUUCAUCGUGAUGCUCGACCCGAAUCUGCCGACUCUGAGCAAUCGACGACUGGUGCAGCAGGCGCAGGAUCAGAUCAACCAGGCGCACAUGGACUACUGCAGCGCAGCCCACCCCGACAUCCAGAGUAAACACCAGCGUCUAAUGGCCCUGCUGCCCGAGCUGCGGGAGCUGGCCCACCGGGGCGAGGACUACCUCUACCACAAGCACGACACCAACAGCGCCACAUCGCUUCUCAUCGAGAUGCUGCACGCCCGCCGAGCAGUCCUGGGACGAUCGCCCUCCCACUGAACCUAGGCACGGCGAGUUGAGAAUUGUCAAGUACAAACGCCGAGGCUAGCGCCGCGUGGUGGUCGAUGAGCGAACCAGCGCUUACAACGACGGCCGCCGGCGGCGCUGCUGCAGUCUCACGUGUUCAUUGGACUCUGUCCUGGAUGGAGGGCCGGCCGGCGGGUGGGCCGGCUCGGCGACACUGUGACACCGACACUGUGUCAAACUGACACCGGUGUCUGACUGCGGGUAGCCCAUGGCGGGCGGGCGGAUGGCUGGCCGCCGGGCUCCGCGCAGGCGCAGUAUUGUGAUGUGAUGCCACGCGUGCAACUAGAUAUUCUUUUUUCUCGCGCCGCGGAGGCAGGCGAAUGCAACUAAGAGCACAUGUGUGAUUCUCCUGCGUGCGUUUUGUAUGCGUCGGGAGUGUAGGUGUAAGCGGACGGUGUUCGUCCAAGUACGAUAGUUGUUGAUCAUGUGUACGUAAAUUCACCUCACGUACCUGAGAGUAAGGAACGCGCCGUUACGGAAAUCCGUAUUUUGCUACUGAAGGAACGCGAGUGACGGGAGCGCUGGACGCUACGGACUGCGACGGCUGCCUAUGGUGCUGCCAUCUGUGAAAGCUCUCAGCUAUGGUGCUGCCACCUGCAUGGGCUCAGCCCAGAGGCGCAGAUGGCCUGGGAUGGAACCACGCGUCGCGCACCCUUGACGGACCUCGAAUGUUUCCAUAUUGUUACACACACAAUCGCGCAGAGGGCGUACUAGACCCCGAGAGUUUGUGAGCGAGUGUGGUAGGAUGCGCGGAUAAAAGAGGGUUCGGGGGUGAAACUGUACCGCAGAGGUGGGCACCGGAACCCGAGGCGGGAUGGGACCCCAGAUGGUGUCGGUGUAGUCAGUGCUAUUGCCCUGUGUUUGCAUGCCUGUGUGUGUCUGUGUUUGUGUGAGUGUUUGCAUGCACUUUGUGCUCGUGCGUAGCUUGUGUUUCUCUACCACUUUGUCGUCUACCUUUUCCCUGAGAAUCGGUGACAUCCGGGAACAUAGGGCAUUAAUAGUACUGUGCGUCCGCGCCUUCUGAGCGCGAGUCCUCGGUCCUGGUGGUGGCUGGUGUCUGUGUGACUGUGGGGUCGGCGCGGCUCGCUGUAGUGGCCUGGUGGCUGCCUGCGGGUGAAUGUGUGCGACUGACUGGGUGCGAAUGUGAGUGUUUUAUUGUAAUAUCGUACAGUGUUAACCCGCGCCCCGCUGGGGGUCCUGGAUUUCCACGCCCUGCUGGGGGGGGGGGGGGGUGUUUGAACACCCCCCCUUGUAACUCGGCUCCUGGGCCACGUAGCGAUACGCGGAAGGCGGCGUUCGAAAGAGCGUCAAAAAUAAUGACGAAAUCACUUCGGUCAAUUUUUUGGUCAGGUCAAAGGUCAGGUCACCAGAGGUCAUUGAAGGCAAAAUUUCGCCGAUUUCCAGGUCGAAUGUCGAAAAUUUCCAAGAAGCCAACGCAUAACUCGGGAACCAAUAGAGCUACAGCGCCGCGGAAAAGCGCAUUCGAUAGCCCUAUUAACGCCCUUUCUGAGUAAUUCUCUCAGAUUUGACCUAACGUCAACGGUUUUGCCUGCAGGGGGCAAAAACUGAAAAAAUAGCCGAUUUUUUCGAAAACAGUUUUUCUGCAAUAACUUUUGACCCAAGCCUUGUACGAGCUUACUUUAACCGGCAUCGUGUUCCUCUCGUCAAGACGCAUCGAAUGAACUAUAACUUGACCUUGAAAGGUCAACUUGAAAAUUUGACCUCAGGUCAAGGUCAUGACCUGACCGGAAAGGGUCAUAUUGCAUAUCAGUCGAUCCGUAUCGUCGAGCUGAACACAUCUAAGGCGUUUUCAUCGCUCUAGCAUGCGUCUAUCAAAAGUUAUUUGCGAAAAACUGUUAGAUGCAAUUAGUGACCUAAGAUGACCUCAGGGCAUAAACAAGGAUCACGGACACCAUUUUCAUGUUCAGUGUGUCUAAACUACUUGUAAUUCGGUGUUUGGGAGUGUUUAUAAUGUCUUUCAUCCAAAAGAGGCGCAUUUCAAUUUUCUCCCAUUGACUUAUAAUGGGGAGGUCGCAAAAUUGACCUGACCUUAGGUCAUCCAUAUCAAAAUUCUGAGAUAUACAUUUUGUACAUGCUAUUGCUCUUAGCAAUCGCUGAAAGUUUCAAAGCGAUCGGUCACUUGGUGUAGCUUUGACAGACAUUGAAAGUUUUUAUGAGGUGAGGUCACUUCAAGUGACCUGGUGACCUGACCUUGAAUGACCUUGGUCUGAAAUUUUCACAACAUGUGUAGAAUUGAUGUAUGAUAAGGUGUACCAAAAACGGCGGCGCUCCGCGCCGCCGUUUUUGAGAUAUUCGCGAAAAACCACAAGGGGGGUGUUCAAACACCCCCCCCCCCAGCAGGGCGCGGGAAGGCUGUUUGGGCACAGAAGUGAAGGGCGUAACGUAUGUUUUACGUCAAUAUGUUUUGAUCCGAAGGGAUAGCUUACUAAUUUCGAAACUUCCCUUCAAAAAAGAUAUUAAAAACACCUAAAAAUAUUUCUUUUCUCGUUGUUUCCCUUCUGUGGGAAAUUAGCUCUGUCCUAGAAAUCCGAUGACCAGUUGUAACAUCCGAUUAUGUCGUUUUGAAUUUCGAUUUUAUUGCCAAGGAGCACGAGACUGCCUUAGUAAUAUAAGCUUCGCUAGGUUCUAGUGUGCCCAAACAUUGCCUUGGAAUGAAUUAUGUGAGUUUGAUUGUUUGGUUUUACACCAUAGUAUAGCUUUUACUAUACAGGCGUCACUGUGAGUCGCGCUAAUUUUAGCCAGUACGUGCUAUGUGGUCUUACUAACAAUGUGUAUGUUUUUAGUGCCCUUGUUCUGUGUCUUUCUCGGUCGUUUCGGUGUGGCUGUGUCAUACCGUACCCCGUGCUGUCCGGUAUCUACCGUUUCCAUGUCCCUGGCGAGCGCCCCGUGCGUUGUGUCCUAACAAUCCCCCCCCUUCCCCCCUAGACCGCUGUGUUCAAUGGUAGGUUAGCUGCCCGACCUCUGCUCAGACGAGCCGUCACUGACGCCACAAGGCGCAUCAGUGACGUAUUUUCGUCUGAUAGCAGUGGUCGGUCGAGUAGGCUCCGCUAGUCAGUGGCUAUUGGUUACUAGUCAGUCCCACACUGUGUUCGGUCUGCUCCCACCCCCGACCCCCUGCCUCCCACCGUUUAGGGCCGUGGGCUCCCCCCCCCCCCACCGUUGGGUGAGCCAGCGGUGGUAGCUGGGUCACCUUGUUUGUAUGUGUGUGUGUGUCCCCUGCUGAUGGGUCCCGGUGUCCACCUCUGCGCUACAGUAACUCUCCGAGGGAGGCGGAAUGAUUGUCUGCGCGCACGUCUGAGCGUCUGUCUGCUGUCUGCGGUAACUGCGCGCGAUGUCUGCGCGCGCGGCGGUGCACUAGCCUAGAGCACACAUUGUCUUAGUGGUUUGUCCGCGAGCGGCAGGCGAUUUACCGUGGUAGUCGUCGAAAUACAGCUAUAUCACCGAUCGUGAA